AAGAGGAGGUGUUCUGCCAUCUUUUGGAUGAGUGGUUAUGUCUAGCCCCUACUUUUCCAACAGCUUUGAGAUUUUGGUUAGUAUAGAGCUGUUUCGUUUUUCCCCAGAAAGAAGCUGAAGACUUCUAACAAUGGGAAUGGAUGAGUCUAGACUCAUUUACGAAUGUGACAUGAUCUCAUUCAGUCGAUUGACUCCACAACGAGUAGCCCCGUCCCUUGUGGGAGGCUUCCAGCAACUCCUCUCCUCAGAAAGCUAUACUUCUUACCCUUCAUUCCAUCCGGUGGAGACUCCCUCUCAUAAAGGCUUUAUCGAAAGACCAAAAAAGAUGCAAAAGAUCGACAGCUGGAACUCGUGUACCACCGAAUGGAAUCCAACUUUUGUCCCCGAUGCCUCUUCGGCAGACUCUCUUUUGUUUCCCAAGCCAAAUUCACCUAAUGAUGUAUUUGGAAGAGCUGCAGCAUCCCAAGAAGAGAUGAGAACCUUAGUUUCUAAUGCUUCAGCACAAAAUUAUGAAACACUUGCUCGACAGGGAUCAAAGAUGAGAAAGAUGGGAUCAACGCUAUCUCAAGCUCAAGAGCACAUAAUCGCAGAGAGAAAGCGGAGGGAGAAACUCAGCCGGAGAUUCAUAGAACUUUCUGCAGUAAUCCCCGGUCUUAAGAAGAAGGACAAGGCUUCUGUUCUUGGAGACGCAGUCAAGUAUGUUAAAGAACUCGAAGCAAGGGUGAAGACCCUAGAAGACCAGAAUGCAAAGAGGACUGUGGAGUCCGUGGUCCUUGUCAAGAAGUCUAAGCUCUCUGCUGAUGCUGAUGGUUCAUCCUCCAAUGGGUGCUCGGCGGAAAAGCCUCUUCCCGAGAUUGAAGCGAUGCUUUCCGAGAAGACAGUCCUCAUAAGGAUCCACUGCGAUAACCACAGAGGAGUAUUGGCGAGGCUGGUCUCCGAGAUUGAGAAGGCCCAUCUCACAGUCACUAAUGCUAGCGUCAUGCCCUUCCCCAGCUCCUCUAUCCAUAUAACAGUGACUGCAAAGGUUCAAGAGGAGUUCUCCGUGGAAAUGGGGGACCUUGUGAGGAAGCUGAACUCAGCUCUGAGCUAGUUCGUGUUAUUUAAGAAAGAACAGCUGAACAUAAGUAGCUAUAGGACGAGGACUGAUGGUUGCCCC